CAUGAAGAGUGAAAGACAGCUGGUUGGGAUCUAUAUUUGUCACUGUCUGUCACUACGUCGGCAUUAGUAUUUCUGGGCACACUGUCUAAAUUUACCACUGGUCUAUCAAGCCUCUCUGGUUAAAACAUAGCGGCGAAUCUCCCAUAUGCAAUUGAAUGUUUUAUUAGUGGAUCUAAGUGCAAACCAUCAGAGAACAUUUUCAUUAAGCAAAAAUGGAGGCAGAAAUACAGGAUGAAUAUGAAGUCUACAGGCCAGAAGGUGCUGACGCAGCCAUGAAAGAACAAGAAGAACGUUAUGAAAUAGCCCAAGAGGACAGUGAGCCCGAGGUAGAGGGACUGAUGUUCUAUCACACAGAUCUGUAUGAUUCAAAUAGUGGCCUGGAAAUAUUUCCUGAAGAUUUUCAACAGCAGCAAGCAGAAGAAGGGAUCGUGCCGGAGGCAACAAAGGAAGAGUUUGUUUCUAGUCCAGAGCAAAUACAGUUAAACUUACAAAAAGAAGUAGAUGAUUUGGCAAAACAAUACGGGCUUUCGGAAGACAAAGAAGAAGAAGAAAUUAAAUUUUUCACAUCCAAGACUUUCAGACAUCAGGAUCACUCCCCUACUAAAUACAUAAAUCCUUAUGCACAAAGAUCAUUGGCAGUCCCCAUUCCCAAAAAAGACAGUGAAACAAUUGAUCAAGGUUCUGGCAAUCAGUCUCCGGGAAAUAAAAAUGAUGGACAAAGCUGUGAAAAUGAAGGCAAAUAUCUUGAACAGGAAAUUGAAAGUCACAUAAAUGAAGAAAAAAAUCUAAAAAAUGGAACCCAACAACAAGGUGAAACCUUUGUCCAUUUAGAUGGACAACCAAUUCAUGGACACCCUGAACAUGAAGACCACAAAGGUAAAGUAGAAGGACAUAAAGAUGGUCACUUCGGGCAACCAGAUUAUAAAGAAGACCCAGUUUCCAUGAAGUCCAACAAUCAUAUGAGUGAUGAAAGUGAAGCUGCAGAGCCUCCUGAUAUCUUUUGCAUUACAUGCAAUACUCCAGUAAGGGCAUUUGAAAAGCUGUUUGGCUUUCACAAAGAACAUGAUGUCACACAAAUAAAGGCAGCCGUUGACAGCAUCAAGGAAGAAACACACAAAAAGAUGUGUAAACUGGAAGAACAAAUUGUACAAAUGGAGAACUUUGCAAGUCAUCUGGAAGAAAUAUUUAUCACAGUAGAUGAGAAUUGUGUGAGACAAGAACAGAACUUUGAGAUGCACUAUAAUGAAAUAAUGGAUGCACUUGCUCAGAAACACGAGGAGAAGGUGCAAGCUCUGGGAGAGGAAAAGAGACUCAAACUAGAAUCGUUAUUUGAGCAGCUUGUUGAUUGCGGAAAGUGCCUCGACACCUCUAAGGACUUGAUGGAAACCAUCCAGGAUUUAUUUAAAGGAAAGGAAAAAGUAGACUUCAUAAAGAUUGCACUGCAAACAACUAACAGACUGAAUGAAUAUUUCAACACAGACGUCAAUUUAAAUAUAUCUACGGAUGCAGAAUUUGCUAACAACACAAUAGAGUUCUCCGAAGUGGAACAGCUAUUGGACUCUAUCAAUACAGUCCCAGCUCCAUCGGCUCCUGUAAUAAACCCCCAAGCACCCAAUUCGGCGACAGCCACCUCGUUGCGGGUGUGCUGGAGCCUGUUCUCUGAUGACACAGUAGAGAGUUACCAGCUGUAUUAUAAACCGGUUUCUGAUGGGACUCCCGGGGAAGAUCAGGAAGAGUUUAUGAUUCGAGCCAAAGAGACUUAUUGCAUGGUGAACAGUCUGAUGCCGAACACGCAGUAUGAGUUCUGGGUUGUAGCUGUGAACACCACUGGGAAAAGUCCAGCAAGCGAAAGCGCCGUAUAUGUAACAGUGCCAUCCCCUCCUAUCAUUAAACGUGAAGACUGCCGCAGUUGUGACAAUGCAGCUUUAAUCUGCUGGCAGUCUGGGAACAUUAACCCCGUGGACUCAUACACCGUAGAAAUAUACAAGGUGACUAAUGAAGUGAAUGAAGCUUUUCUCACAGAAUCUAUUGUUGGCAUUCCCAUCUGUGAGUCCCUAAUCCAACUCAAGCCUAAUGAAACAUAUCACAUCAGCGUCAAAGCUGUGAAUGUGGGUGGGCCGAGCGAAAGCAGCAGAUAUGUUUCCAUUCACACUACAGGUACUUUUUUUCAUCUGAACAAGGAAACUGCGCAUCCUCUCUUGUCUAUUUCUGGUAAUGGAUUUACAAUUUCAUGCAAUGAGGAAGAAAGCCUCGCUGACUUAACUUAUAAUAGUGAUAGCUUUACAAGAUCCAUUGCUGUCAUGGCAAACCUCAUCCCUUACAAGGGGAGACAUUACUGGGAGGUGGAAGUGGAUGAAGAUACAGAAUACCGGAUCGGAGUGGCCUAUGAGGAUACGAACAGAAAUUCUUUAAUUGGUGCCAACAAUACAUCCUGGUGUUUUCGACAUGUUCUAACUCCAGCCAGGCACAAGUAUGAAUUUUUGCACUGUGGAAUCUCACCAGACAUUCGUAUUACAAUACCUCCAUCAAGAAUUGGAGUCCUGCUGGAUUAUGACCGUGAAAAAUUGUCAUUUUUUAACAUGGAAAUUCAUCAGCACCUCUUUACAUUCGAUUGCCAUUUUCAGCACUUAGUGCAUCCAUGUUUCGCUCUAGAGAAGCCGGGAAGAAUACAUAUCCACAAUGGUAUUCCAAUACCUGGAUCUGUGAUGUUGCCAUGAGUUUCCAGAAUAAACCAAAUCCUCAAAUAUCUAAA